AUGGACGCCAGCAAGGAGCCAGCCUCAGGACCUCAGCGGGAUGGAUCAUCGUCGUCGGCUGCGACGAUCGCACCAAAGCAAGAGAGAGAGAAGAGAAAGCGGUCGCGUGUCACUCCAGAGCAGCUUGUCCAUCUCGAGCGAUUUUUCGCCAUGGACAGAAGUCCGACUGCUGCAAGAAGAAAGGAAAUUAGCGACAUGUUAGGCAUGCCAGAGCGCCAGACUCAGAUAUGGUUUCAGAAUAGACGUGCCAAAGCGAAGCUUCAGGACGGAAAGAAAGGUCGCGGUGACAGUGCUGAAAGCCCACCUGACACUCCACCUGAACUCACCACGGGUUACGAAGCGGAGCUACACAACAUGCUGCACGAAGACGAACCUGUCACUAUCAUUCCUUGUACCGACCUUUCCAUCGGGACAUGGCGCCGCAUCGCCACCACAGUUGGCAAGCAUGAUCUCGUUGCUUAUCUCUGCGACACCAAACGCUGCCUUACCUGGUUUAUCCAUUCUGCCGGCGACGGUUUCAAAAUGGAGAUCCCUUUCGAUAUUGUAGCAGACACCGAAUUCACCAACGCCGCUCCAGGCUCAGGCAUGGCUUCAUUUUUCCUCGCACGCCCCCCAACCUUUUAUGUCGAAACUCUAUCCCCCCCGGUCCCCGCACAAGGUACUGAACCCGUACGACAUUGGAAGCAGUGUGCGGACUGGACAGAGGGUCAGCAAGCAACGAAGGUGCUUAGACAUGACCUAGUCGGCUCGGCAGUACAGUUAGCCCACGUCCUUCGACACCUUAAUACCCAUACAACGAGCCCUGAUAUUCGCCUUCACGCUCCCUCGUAUUUCAAUCAGGAUACGUCCCCUGCUCCCGCAGAAAUGCCACAGUCCAUCAUGGCCUUCGAUAUCUCACCCGCGUCAUUUUCAAAUUCGCACCAAGGACACUGCGGUCCAACAUACCCUUCCUAUCCUUCUGGGCUGCCCAUCCAGACUAAUAAUCCUCCCAUUUUUUCGGAUUACCGAGGCUCCGCCGUCGCACAUGUCUCUUCCUAUCUUUCUGAUGGUCGACCCCCCUCGGGCAGCAUUGCGCAUACACCGCUAGCUAGUCCCUCUCCGCCACUUUUGACGACCCCGUUUUACCCUGCGGGGCCGUCGAGCAUAGUACCAAACGCGCGAGCCUCUCGCCCACCAUUGUCUCUGGCUUCAGGUAUGCCAGGUGUUGUAUUCAACGCUGACGAUGUACCACAGCGUCGUAAUCCAUAA